AUGGACACCAUUCAAACCGUCGAGCUAACCCUCGACGUCACCGCAGCCGCAAACAUCAACGAGCCAGCCCACCAAGCCGCCACAGUCGUUCUCCCACCCGCGUCCAAGCUUCCCCAAACCCCCAUCAUCUGCUUCGCGCGACCUGGCGUCCAAUACAACCGCCUCUACUACACGCACGACCUCCCGGGCGAGGGCCCCGGCUCCGAAGCGCACUACCAUGCCGCCCACGGCUGGAUCUUCGUCGCGCUCGACUACCUCGGCGCGGGGGACAGCAGCAACAACGACGGCAGCAAGCUCACCUACGCUACCGUCGCGCGCGCGUUCCUAGCUGCUGAGACAGAGGUCCUGCGACAGCUGGCGGAAGGCGAGCUGCUCUCCGGAUACCCGAAAGUGACCGACGUGCUGAAGAUUGGUGUCGGCCAGUCAAUGGGUGGCGCGCUAGCGAUUGUCCAAACCGGCCGCUACCACUGCUAUGAUGGUGUUGCGAUCCUAGGGGCUAGUGCGAUACACACGCAUCCGCCGGGGAAGCCGGGAGAGGCAGGGAUUGUGGCGCCGUGGCUGGCGCGAGACACAGCGCCAGGAGAGCCGCCGGUGGUGUUGAACCAGAAAACGAUGGAGGAGUUCUAUAAGAACCGGCCACCGGGGUAUAAAUCCUCAAAGGCGCUGGUGUGGUCUUUCCACUACGACGACGUGGAUCCGGCGCUGGUCGCUGACGACUUCCAGCGGUAUGAUCGCGAUGUUGGAGACGCGUCGGAGGUGGAUAGAGGAGAUCAGAAGGUGGUCGUGCCGCCGUGGGGUUGCUUCAAUACGCCGGCGUCGGCGGCGAUGGCGUCGGUCACCCCGGGAGCUGUUGCGCCUGAGGCAGCUGCUAUUACGUGUCCAGUUUUGGUUGCGAUGGGUGAGCGGGAUGUGAUUGCGGACCCGAAGGGAGAGCCGAGGGCGUACCACUCCGCGAUUAGCGUGGAUUUGUAUGUGGUUCCAAGAAUGGGACAUAUGCAUAACUUUGCGGGGACGAGAGAACUAUUAUGGAAGAGAAUUGAAACUUGGGCAGAGUGGGUAAGGGCAGUUAAGGAAUGGGAGAAGGAAUAA